CGCCUCCCCACCCCGGGCCGUUCCCAUUAGCGGGCGGGGCGGGGUGGGGGCUCCCUCGCUUGCUCCUCGCCGCCCUUCUCCCUCCAGGCAUUGGCGAGGCCGCCUGUCAAUCAGCCGCCAACUCCCCCCGCCCGCCCGCCCGCCCGCCCGCGUCUCCCCCAGCGCCGCACGACGGGGCUCCGGAGCGCGAAGGCGGCGGCGGCAGACGGGGCUCUGGAGAGCGCGGAGCGAGCGGGCGCUGCCGAUGGAGGAGGCGAUGCAGGCGGUGGCGGAGGAGGGCCCCAGCGUGGCCAAGAUCUACAAGCAGCAGCGCAGCCCUUACAGCGCCCUCAAGACCUUCCCCAGCAGCCGGAGACCGGCGCUGAGCAAGCGCUACGAGAGACCCACCAUGGUGGAGAUCCCUCAGGUCAGGGCGGGCGUCGGGCAGCAGCAGCAGCAGCAGCAGCACUUCCAGCCGCUGCCCGCCGUCGGCUCGUCGUCGUCGUCCCUCAGCGAGCACCCGCUGCCUUACCAGGCGCACGGCUCCUACCCCGGCGCCAGAGCCUCGCAGGGCCACCCGCCCCGGACGCCGGCUCCGCAGCUGGGACACCAGGCAGCGGCGUCGUCCUCGUCGGCCAGGUACGGCCACGGCCACCAGGGGGCAGCAAGCAGCAGCAGCAGCAGCAACAGCAGCAGCAACGAGGGAAGCGGCAGCCUGGAGCUCAGCGCAGAGAGCCGUAUGAUUCUGGAUGCCUUUGCCCAGCAGUGCAGCCGGGUUCUUAGUCUUUUAAACUGUGGUGGGAAACUUCUGGACAACAGCCGCACUCAGUCUUUGGUUUCCUGUGUUAAGCAGGAGAGCCUGAGCUUUAGUGAAAGACCAGAGCAGUGCCAGAUUGGGAAAAUGGUCCAUAGCCAAGCGUCAGACAACUUGGACCUAGAGCUGCAGUACAUGCACAAGAAGCAGCAAACCUCUGCUUUUCUGAGAGUCUUUACCGAUUCCCUUCAAAACUAUUUGCUUUCUGGAAGCUUUCCAUCUCAGAAUGCUUCCUCCUUGAGUGAUUUUGGCCAUUUGGCCGACGUGGAUCCACUUUCAACCUCUCCAGUGCACACGUUGGGUGGAUGGACAUCCCCAGCAACCUCCGAGUCCCAUGGCCACCCGUCCUCUUCCACGCUUCCAGAGGAGGAGGAGGAGGAGGAGGAAGGCUACUGUCCUCGUUGCCAAGAGCUGGAGCAGGAGGUCAUUUCAUUGCAACAAGAAAACGAGGAACUCCGACGGAAACUGGAGAGCAUUCCAGUGCCCUGCCAGACUGUUUUAGAUUACUUGAAGGCUGUUCUUCAGCAUCACAAUCAGCUUAUGAUUCCUCAGCCCGCAGAGCAGCCAGCAGAGGGGAGCAAACAGUUGCUUAACAACUAUCCCGUCUACAUCACUAGCAAACAGUGGGACGAGGCAGUGAACUCCUCAAAGAAAGAUGGGCGGAGGCUCCUUCGAUACCUCAUCCGAUUUGUCUUCACCACCGAUGAGCUUAAGUACUCGUGCGGCCUUGGGAAAAGGAAAAGGUCAGUGCAGUCAGGAGACACUGGUCCUGAAAGACGCCCUCUGGAUCCAGUAAAAGUAACAUGUCUCAGAGAAUUCAUUAGGAUGCACUGCACGUCCAACCCAGAUUGGUGGAUGCCUUCUGAGGAACAGAUAAACAAGGUGUUCAGUGAUGCCGUGGGACAUGCACGGCAAGGUCGUGCGGUGGGGACGUUCCUCCAUAACGGCAACUCGUAUUACGAAGGGAUUGAGCAACAUAUUUCGCAAGACGACCUCUUCAACAGGGGCAUCCACGAUGGAUCUGGAGACUGAUGGCAAAGGGGCAAACUGUAUUGGGGCAGUGAAAGAGACUGUGUGUUUGAUGUGCUGUUUGACGUGACUUAAGAACCCAAAGCAUGUUCAGAGUCUUGUUUCAUCCAAGGCCUUCCUGUGAAAGCCCAUAGUGUCUAAGCCCAGACUUCUCAAACACAAUUUAAGGACGCAAACCUAUUUCUGAGUGGGUGGGGAGCAGAAUUCUCCUCCACGCAAAAUAAUAAUAACCCCGCCACACACACCUUGAAAGUUGGCACGUCAGGAAACAGGCCAGGCUAGGAAGAGUCUGCCUUACGUUUGCUUUUUUAUGUGAAGGAUUUCAUCUCCUGUAUUUUCCGUAUUCGAGUCUCCACCUGCCAUCUUAACGCACAAAACUCAGAUGCGGUUUUAUAUUCCCACCUCACGUGUGGCAAUGAAAACCAGUCUCACAGCGCUAUAUAUCUUCACAGUGGUCAAAUGCAGUCGCACCCCCCACUGACACACAACUUUACACUUCUGAGUUCAUGUGCAAUUUUAGGGAUUAGGAACAGGUAGUGACAUUUCAUUAAAUCUGGAAGGCAUCUAAAUCAGGGCGAGUUUUGACAGGUUGCAUUUUAUUUUGAAAGUUUUCCUACCUUUUCUGGGGGGGGGGCAGGGGCAGGAAUGUCACCUAAAGAUGCUGGAACUAGUCUAUACUGCUAAUAGAUUAAUAAAUGUUCCAAGAGAUAA